GUAGCUCAGUGUUGAUUACUCAUAGGAUGCAACCUGGUGAAAGGUUUUAUAAAUGUCGUGGCUGCACAAAAUCUUUUCCCUCUAUGUCUGCCCUCUGUUAUCAUCAGAGAUCUCACACAGAGGAAAGACCUUAUGAGUGCAGUGAUUGUGGGAAAUGUUUUACCAGUAGUUCUGUCCUCCAUUAUCACCAGAGAGUUCACAGUGGAGAAAGGCCUUAUGAGUGCAGUAAAUGUGGCAAGUCCUUUCUCCGAAGAAAUAGCCUCAAUGUUCACAUAAAGGUUCACUCAGGUGAAAGGCCUUAUAAAUGUAACGCAUGUGGGAAAUCUUUAAAGUAUAAGUCAGCAUUCAUUAAACACCAGAGAGUUCACACAGGAGAAAAGCCUUAUGAGUGCAGCGAAUGUGGCAAGUCCUUUCUCCGAAGAAAUACUCUGAAUGUACACAUAAAGGUUCACUCAGGUGAAAGACCUUAUAAAUGUAACGAAUGUGGUAAAUCAUUUAAGUUUAAGUCAACGUUCCUUAAACACCAGAGAAUUCACACAGGAGAGAGGCCUUAUGAGUGCAGUGAAUGUGGGAAAUCUUUUAUCUCUAGGACUGACCUACGGUAUCAUCAGAGAAUUCACACAGGAGAGAGACCUUAUCAGUGCAGCGAAUGUGGCAAGUCCUUUGUCCGAAGAAAUAUCCUCAAGGUACAUAGAAAAGUUCACUCAGGUGAAAGGCCUUAUAAGUGUAAUGAAUGUGGGAAAUCUUUGAAGUGUAAGUCGUCGUUGAUUAAACACCAUAGAAUUCACACAGGAGAAAGGCCUUAUGAGUGCAGUGAAUGCGGGAAGUCUUUUAUCACUAGUUCCGUGCUUCAUUCUCACCAGAGAGUUCACACUGGAGAAAGACCUUACGAAUGCAGUGAAUGUGGGAAAACUUUUACCACUAGUUCUGUCCUCCGUGAUCACCAGAGACUUCAUACUGGAGAAAGGCCUUAUGAAUGCAGUGAAUGUGACAAAACUUUUACUACAAGCUCUGCCCUCCAUUAUCACCACAGAGUUCACACUGGAGAGAGACCUUAUGCGUGCAGUGAAUGUGGCAAGUCCUUUGUCCGAAGAAAUAGCCUGAGUGUGCACCUGAAGGUUCACUCAGGUGAAAAGCCUUAUAAGUGUAAUGUAUGUGGGAAAUCAUUGAAGUGUAAGUCAACAUUCAUUCAACACCAGAGAAUUCACACAGGAGAAAGGCCUUAUGAGUGCCAUGAUUGUGGGAAAUCUUUUUCCGCUACCUCUGUCCUUCGUUCUCACCAGAGAGUACACACGGGAGAAAGACCUUAUGAGUGCAGUGACUGUGGAAAAUCUUUUACCUCUAGUUCUGCCCUCCGUUCUCACCAAAGAGUGCACACUGGAGAAAGGCCUUAUGAGUGCAGUGACUGUGGCAAGUUCUUUCUCCACAGAAAUAGCCUCAAUGUACACAUCAAGGUUCACUCAGGUGAAAGACCCUAUAAAUGUAAUGAAUGUGGGAAAUCUUUGAACUAUAAGUCGACGUUCAUUCAACACCAGAGAAUUCACACAGGAGAAAAGCCUUACCUGUGCAGUGAAUGUGGGAAGUCUUUCAGUCAUAGCUGCGCCCUCCGGUACCAUCGUCAGAGUCACCUUGGAAUAAGUCCUUAUGAUUGUAGUGAGUGUGGGAAGUCUUUCACCACUAGUUCUGUCCUCCGUGAUCACCAGAGACUUCACACUGGAGAAAGGCCCUAUGAGUGCAGUCAGUGUGGGAAGUCUUUCACCACUCGUUCUGUCCUCCGUUCUCAUCAGAGAGUUCACUCUCGGGAAAGGCCCUAUGAGUGCAGUGAGUGUGGCAAGUCCUUUGUCCGAAGAAAUAGCCUCAAUGUACAUGUAAAGGUUCACUCAGGUGAAAAGCCUUAUAAGUGCAAUGAAUGUGGGAAAUCUUGGAAGUGUAAGUCGACGUUCAUAAAACACCAGAGAAUUCACACAGGAGAAAGGUCUUUUGCUUGCAGUGAAUGCGGGAAAUCUUUUCUCAGUCAUGAUGCUCUUAGUUAUCAUCACAGAGUUCACACUGGAGAAAGGCCUUAUGAGUGCUGUGAAUGUGGGAAAUCUUAUACUAGUAGUGCUGCCCUCCGUUCACACCAGAGUGUUCACACUGGACAAAAGCCUUAUGAGUGCUGUGAAUGUGGGAAAUCUUUUACCACUAGUUCUGCCCUCCGUUAUCACCAGAGAUUUCACAGUGGACAGAAGCCUUAUAAGUGCAGCGAAUGUGGCAAGUCUUUUACCACUAAUAAACAGCACCGUGUUCACCAGGUAGUUCACAGUAGAGAGAGGCCUUAUGAAUGCCCUGAAUGUAGCAAAUCCUUUUCACGAAAACAUACACUCAAUACACACAAAAAACUUCACUCAGGUGAACGGCCUUAUAAGUGUAAUGAAUGUGGGAAAUCAUUUACUGUUAGUUCUACCCUCCGUUUGCACCAGAGACUUCAUACUGGAGAAAGGCCUUAUGAGUGCCGCGAAUGUGGGAAAUCUUUUACUGUUAGUUCUGCCCUCCGUUUGCACCAGAGUGUUCACACUGGAGAAAGGCCUUAUGAGUGCCGUGAAUGUGGGAAAUCUUUUAUCAGUCAUAAUGGUUUUAGAUACCAUUCCAGUCUUCACACUGCAGGAAGGAUUUAAAAUAGCACAGAAGGUGAUACUUCUUGCUUAGUAUAGUUUCGGCUGGAGGACAGCCUCUAAGGCAGCCACCUACCUGACUGGAACGUGGUUCACCCAAAUGUCUGCAGUGGAGUGACUUCCCAUAAGUUCCAGCUAUUUUCAGAAAAAUUCAGAACCUGCAUUGUGCUUUCUGAUGUGCAUGCAGUUAUUGCACGAUGGAAGUCCCUGUCAGUGUCUGUGGCAGAAGUCCUUUCACCUCUGCCACCUGGCGGUUCCCAUAGUGUGCAUAAGUCACCACCCCAACAUGGUUAAUGAUGCUGACCUGUCUGCUUUCUUGUUUGCGCAUCUAAAUUAUGGGUAAUUGGAACUCCUCAUUCUGUUCUAAAUUAGGGCAUGGAUGUGACCCAGUGUUGGUCCACAGUGGGUGAUCUGAGUUCUGGGUGGUGACUUGCACAGGAAGACUAAAUCCCAUCGGGAUGUUGGUCUCACUCUGCUUUGAUGACUCUAGCUCCCAGGUCACCACACAGGAAUUAUGUGCCACGUGUUGCUCUGGUUGAUGCAUUAGUAAAUGCCAUCUUGUUUUAGUUACCUUUAAUUUUGUACAUUGUGUGCACUCUAGGGGGUGGUGGUUUCAAAGCAGGAUUGGCAGGGGCGCCUGGGUGGCUCAGUCAGUUAGGCGGCUGCCUUCAGCUCAGGUCAUGAUCUUUGGGUCCUGGGAUCGAGCCCCGUGU